AUGUUUGUGAUCGUGGUGUUUCUCCUCACGGUGCAACAGGUCCUGUCCUCCUGUGUGCAGCUCCCUCACGUGCGCGCUCCCUCACGUGCGCGCUCCCUCACGUGCGCGCGUGCGCGCUCCCUCACGUGCGCGCUCUCGUCUCCAGGUCAGUGCACGAACUCCACGUCGGUGCAGAACGAGAUCGUCGACCUUCACAACGAGCUGAGGAGGAACGUGGAUCCGCCGGCUCAGGACAUGCUGCAGAUGAGCUGGAGUGACGCGGUGGCGGUCGGGAUGCAGUCGUGGGUGGACGGUUGUGUCCUGGCGCACGGGAAACCCUCCACACGUUUGCUCGACGGCUACGAGCUCGGGGAGAAUCUGUUCUACGCCUCCAGCCCGAGGAACUGGAGCGACGUCAUCACAGCCUGGCACAACGAGGUCCGGAACUUCAAGUAUCCCCACAUGUCCACCAACGGCAGAGAGACAGGACACUACACACAGGUCGUCUGGAACAGUUCGUACAAAGUCGGAUGCGCCAUGGCGAAGUGCACCAACCGACCAUCGCCGAUCUACUUCUACGGCUGCAGAUACUACAGAGCAGGGAACUUCAAAACGUGGCACCCGUACACGGCGGGAAAAGCGUGUGGAAUGUGCCCCAACAACUGCGUCAACAAACUCUGCACAAACCCGUGUCCGUACAUAAACCGCUUCCUGAACUGUCGCGCGCUCAAGUCCGUCAUCGGGAGCUGCAACGACUUCGUCACCAAGAACUGCCCAGCUCUGUGCAAAUGUCCCACCGAGAUCAUCCCCAUCUACAAGUGA